AUAGGAUAAAAAACAAAAUAAUAAAAAAAUCCUCAAAUGGAAUGUAUCCUUUACAGUAGAAAUCACAGCGACUAGAACAGAACAGAAUAAAUAAGACAGAGCUGGAAGGGACCUUGGAGGUCUUCUAGUCCAGCCCGCUGGUAAGGCAGGAAAUAGACCAAUUCUCCCCCAUCAACGGUUGAACUUUACUUAAGAAAAAAAAACAGACAAUUUUGGUUUGUCGUUGCUGUUGCUAAGACUGGGGAGUUCUGGGAGUUGAAGGCCACCCAUCUUUCCAGUCGCUGGGGUUGAGAAACGCUGCCACCCACACGUGCAAACACAGAGCUGAGUGUGAGGAAGCACACUUUUAACCGGGUUUCUCUCCGGACCUCUGUUUCACAGACAACUAGCCCGUCUUUGCUUCCGCGCCGCCUUCUCUGAACCAUGGAAGGAGGAACGUGGGGAUGACGGCCUGAGCCGCCUCUUCUCCUUGGGGCUUAGCCAUGUUGGAAGGGCUGAUCGCGUGGGUCCUCAACACUUACCUGGGCAAAUACGUCAGCAACCUGAACACAGACCAGCUCUCGGUCGCUCUCCUCAAAGGGGCCGUUGAGUUGGAGAACUUGCCACUCAAGAAGGAUGCCUUGAAGGAAGUGUUGCCAUUCGAAGUGAAAGCUGGGUUUAUUGGCAAGAUCACCCUGCAGAUCCCCUUCUACCGUCCCCACAUCGACCCCUGGGUGAUCUCGGUGUCAAAAUUGUACCUCAUCGGCUCGCCGGAAAAGGAAGAGGAGUUCGUGGAAGCGAGAGAACGAUUGCUGGAUAAGGAGAACAAAAAAGCGCUUCUCCUCGCUCUGGAAGAGAAAUGGAAAAAAGAACGGGAGCAGAUCGGAGAGUCUUACUGGUAUUCAGUCACCGCCUCCGUCGUCACCAAGAUUGUGGAGAACAUCGAAGAAGCCAUGGAUAACAGCAUGGAACGCCGGGAUCACGAUUACAUUGUGGAGCCCGUGUGCACCUCUGCCCUCCUCAAGAGAAAUUGUUCCAAGGAACCCCUCCGGUCGCGGAAUAUGCCACGCCUGGAGUUCGACAUCCAGCUGGAAACAAUCCCCUUGAAGCUUUCUCAGAUGCAGUACCGGCAAAUUAUGGAUUUUCUGAAAGAGCUGGAUAGAAAAGAACGACAGCUCAAAUUCAGGAAAUGGAGGCCAAAAGUCACAGUGACUGGAAAAGCAUUAAGGAGCCCUUGUCCGAUUCUUUGGAUUCGGCCUCGGAGGUGGCGCUGGAAGGCGGCCGGAACAGCAGCAGCGGGAUGCUGCGUUACCUUCAGUCCUGGUUCCCCGGAUGGGGAGGUUGGCACAGCCAGUCCCAAGAAGAGCUGGAAACCGAGACCAUCGGAGGGCUCCUGUCGGACCCAGCGGAAGAGUGGCGGCCGGAGGAGGUGGCGGAGGAGCACAGGAAAAAGAGUCCGGAUGGCCCCUCCCUAGAGCUGAGCGAUUUGAGCGACGAGGAAUACAAGACCCCUCUUGCCACCCCACCCAACAGCCCCCCUCCGGAACUCAACCCGACCGGAGAGGACAAAAGCAGCGAAGAGUUCCCGGGUGUAGAAAUCAGCGAAGAGCAGCUCCAGGCACACUUGAUGAGCAAAAAAAUGUAUGAGACCUACACUUUGUCCUUCAACGAUCUCCAGAUCAUGGUGGGGCGGGUGAAAGACAACUGGAAAUACGCCCAAGACAUCGACGUGGGCCCGACUCACGUGGUGGAGAAGUUUAACGUCCAUUUGCAACUGGAACGCCGGCUCAUCUACACUUCUGACCCCAAAUACCCCGGAGCUGUCCUGUCGGGCAACUUGCCCGAUUUGAAAAUACACAUCAACGAGGACAAAAUCGUGGCCUUGAACAACUGUUUCGGCAGGCUAAGCACCCCUGAUCCGGAAGGCUCCCAGGCCGGGAAAGAGGCUCCUUUAUCCAGCUUGGAACAGCGCGGGAGCCUGCACAACUCCGUGGUGAACUUAACCCAGAGUGUCAUCCUGGUGGAGCAACACACCAAAGAAGUCCUAGUGGAAUCCCAGCUGCUCCUGGCCGAGUUCCGGGUGAACUGCAUGCAACUGGCCGUCGAGAGCAACGGCCGCUACAUCUCGGUGCUGAAAGUUUUCGGCACCAACGCUCACUUCGUGAAGAGGCCUUACGACGUCGAGGUCUCCCUCACCGUUCACGGCUUGCUCUUGGUCGACACCAUGCAGACCUAUGGCGCCGAUUUCGACCUCUUGAUGGCGUCGCACAAGAACCUCAGUUUUGACCUCCCGACGGGAAGCCUGCGAGACAGCAAGGCUCAGUCCCCCGUUAACGGCCUCAGCGAGACCCUGCUCGUCGGGGACACCUCUCUCGCCGAGAAAUGCACCCAGGCUUCUUCCAAGAGACUCUCCGGCACGUCGUCGAAACGAGACGAAUCCUUAAUCAAACUGGAAUACCAAUUUGUCACCGCCGAGUGCCCUUCCAUGAACCUGGAUAGUUCCCUCCAGGUGCUCACCGUCCAGAUGAACAACCUGGACAUCAUUCUCAACCCGGAGACCAUCGUCGAACUGAUCGGCUUCCUGCAGAAGUCCUUCCCGAAGGAGAAGGACGAAGGCAGCCCUCAGCCGCUGCUGACCGACGCCGAAAACACCUUCGGUGAGCAGGAGAAUUUUCAGUCCACCCAUUCCCAAAGCAUUGAAGUGGCCGUGGAGAUCCACUGGCUGAAUGUCCUCUUACUCAGGACGGUUACCUUAGUCAACCGAGAGAAAUUUGGCCGGAAAAUUGCCACGGCCAGCAUUGGAGGCACCAGGGUUAACGUCUCCAUGGGCAGCAGGCUGGAGGUCAACGGCUCCCUGGGCUGCCUCCACCUUAUGGACCUGACCCAGGACAAUGUGAAAAACCAGUAUGUGGUCAGCAUCGGGAACACGGAGCGGUACGAGAGCCUGAUCCGGGACGUGGGCUAUGCCCGGCCCACAUUCCCCCAGUUCGAGGAUGCCAGCGGCCUCCCGGACGCGCUCUGCUUCACCUUCCUCGAACAGUCCGCGGCAGAGUGCUCCCUCCUCCUCCAGAUGGCCUCCCUGCACUACAACCACUCCGCCAAAUUCCUGAAGGAGAUCGCUCUGUCGCUGGAUGAGCUGGAGGAGAACUUCCGUGGCAUGCUGAAGAGCGCGGCCAGCAAAGUGACCACUGUCCUGGCCACCAAGACGGCGGAAUACAGCGAGAUGGUGUCCCUUUUCGACACGACGCCCCGGUCCAGGGACCCCUUCAAUCUGGAACACGACGACGGGGAAGAGCAGGCUCCGUUGUACCCCAAGACGGAAACCAUCAAGCUGGUCUUAAACGUGAAGAUCGAGUCGCCCGUGGUCUCCAUCCCUCGUAAGCCAGGCAGUCCCGAACUACUGGUUGGCCAUUUAGGACAAAUAUCCAUCCAGAACUUCGUGACGGGGGAAGACAAUCUGAGGAGCGACAGCCUGCAGGUGGAAAUCAGGGAUAUCAAGAUGUAUUCUCUGAAUUGCAGCCAUUUGGCGGGCAAAAAGGACUCGCCUUUGGAGGCACCCCCUGAGCUGCCCUCCCCGUCAGGCUACCAGGAAGAGUCUCAAUUCACCCGUCACGAUUUUUUCGAAUCUUUACAUAAAGGCCAAGCCUUCCACAUUCUGAACAACGCCACCAUUCAGUUCAUCCUGGAGAAGAUCCCCAUUGAGCCCAACGCGGAGCUGGCCUUCUCCCCGAGCGACAGUGUCAACAUUUCAAGCCUGAUGAGGAUCGAAGGGAAGUUCGUCAACCCUCUGCAGGUGAUUUUGGCCAAGCACGUCUACGAGCAGGUGAUGCAGACGAUGGACAACCUGGUGUGCAACGAGGAUCUGACCAAGCCGCCGUCCAGCUUCCCGUCGUCCACUUACUCCAGCUUGGCUUCUCCUUCGGCCUGUCUCCGGAGCCUGAGCGCCGAUUUCCCCGCCGGCCGGAAGGAAAACGGCUUCUUCAGCCACGCGACCCAUUCCGAUGCCAAAGGCCCGAGGCCGGUCCAGGGAGCCUCCCAGUCUUUCACUCAGAUCCAAGCCAUGUUCCACAUCGCCUGGCUGCAGGUCCAGCUCAGCGGCGAUCUGACCCUGGGGGCCCAAGGCCUGGUCAGCUUGACCUUCCAGGACUUCGACGUGGAGUUCUCCAAGGACCACCCGCACACGUUGUCCAUCCAGACCACCUUGCGUUCCCUGCUGAUGGAAGACCUCCUGGUGAAGAACCCCGACUCCCCGUACAGAAACCUCAUGGUGUCCCACGGGGCCCCCAAACCUUCCAGCCUGGCCCACAAGGAGUACCUCUCCCAAUCCUGCCCGCUGGUGUCCAAUGUGGAGUACCCGGACAUGCCCCGCUCUCUCCCCUCCCACAUGGAGGAGGCCCCCAACGUCUUCCAGUUCUACCAGCGGCCUUCUUGCGUCUCUCAUCCCAGGCACCACGAAGGUGGCGAGGAGGGCUGCCCGCUGACCCCUCCGCCUUCCCCCACCGCCAGAGAGUUGGCCGCGCCCUCCGGAAGGAGCGACUUCGACGAUUCGCUGGUGCACAUCAACGUCCUCCUGGUGGACAAGAAGCACCCCGAGUUCUCCUCGCGCUACGACAGGAUCCACCGCAGCGUGGACAUUGACUUCAACUGCCUGGACAUCCUCAUCACCCUGCAGACUUGGGUGGUGAUCCUGGAUUUCUUCAGCAUCGGGUCCACGGCCGAGAAUCACGGCGUCAGGUUGACGCCGAGCGGGGAGGUACAGCAGGCCGCCAAAUCGGAGUUCAAUCCCUCGCCGGACGACGAGGCGCAGGAGGAGUCCGUCAAUUCCAAACUGGAUCUCAAGGUCCACUCUCUGUCCAUGGUGCUGAAUAAGGCAACCAACGAACUGGCCAAAGCCAACGUAUCCAAGCUGGUGACCCACAUGGAGACUAGAGAAGGGGAUUUGACCUUCCGGGGCAGCAUCGGGAGUUUGUCCCUAAGCGACCUCACCUCCCACGGGGAGCUGUACAGGGAACGCUUCACCACCAGCGGGGAGGAAGCCCUCAUCUUCCACAUCCACAAGUACGGCCGGCCGGACUUGUUCCUGCAGAGAGAGUGCGACGUGAGGGUCAGCCUGAGGAUGGCUUCAGUGCAGUACAUCCACACCCAGCGUUUCCAAGCGGAGGUCAUCUCCUUCAUCCAGCAUUUUACACAACUGCAGGACGUCCUGGGCCGUCAGAGGGCGGCUGUGGAGGGGCAAACGGUGAGAGGAUCCCGUUCUGUUUUCCUCACCUCUGGGGACGCCAAAGCAUAACGUGAAGAAGACUCCGAGCGGCGAUGAAUCCAAGAAGGCCCCCCAUUUCCCUGAAGGUUUGCCCAUCACAGAGUUGUCUUCUGGGCCGAUCCUCGGCGGUCAGAAAAGCGAGCACGCCCCAGAGACCCCCUCCUCUCCUUUGUCAUCGGCGGAGAAUCCCGGUAAGCGAAGGAGCUGCUACUCCCAAGAGGGCCUCCUUCCUCCUCUCUCUCUCCCUCUGUUGGAUGAAUUCUGGACGGUGCUGAGUGGUGAGGUUUACAUCUGCCUGUCCUUCCUCAUUAACAUGGUCAACGUGAGUCUGGAACUGACCGGCCCCCAGCCCAAGCAAGGCUCCCUGGCCAGGUUCGACUUUAAAAAAUCAAAGCUGCUAUUUGAGAGCUGCUCCAAUCAAACCCGAACCAUCAACCUGGUCUCCCACUCCAUGAUGGCGUUCGACACGCGGUACGGCGGGCAGGCGGCCUCCGCGGAAACGCCCAAUGUCUUCAACUGCAUUUUCCAGCCUUCGAAAAGCAACCAUUCUCAAGGAGCCAUCCAGAUCGAACUGCAUUACAGGUCGACCAAAGACUCCUCCUCCUUCACGGUCGUCCUAAACAACCUCCGUGUCUUCCUGAUCUUUGAUUGGCUGGUGCUGGUCCACGACUUCCUUCAAACCCCCAGCGACCCCAGAAAGCCCGCCCACCCCUCUCCUGCCUCCCAGCGGAGCCUGGGGGGCGAAACAGCAGUUGUUCCCAAAACCAUCAAAUGCGGGAUCGUCACCAAGCGUUCUUCGCUCCAGAUCUCCACCGAGAAACAGCUGGAGGUCAAGGUCAACGUGACCGAUACAGAAUUCGUGGUGGUUGAAGACACAACCUGCUCGGACACUAACGCAGUCAUUCUGAAGGGCACGACCGUCCUCACCUACAAGCCCAAGGUGGUCGACCAUCCUUUCUCCGGCAGCCUCUCGGGCAUCGAGGUUUUCUCCUGCCGGCUGGGCAACGAGCAGGAAACAGCCCUCUCCAUCCUCGAUCCAGCCCUGAUCCAGGUGGAACUCGUGGGGAAUUCUUCCUACCCGAACGGAUCGGGUCUGUUGGACGCUUUCAACGGCGGAGACUUCCCUCCCCUUCUAGAGAUCCAGUUGCAAACGCUCGACAUCCGCCUCUCUUACAACGACGUCCAGCUCUUUCUGGCCAUCGCCAAGUCCAUCUCCAAGCAGACCAGCGGGGUGCUGCCCAGCCCCCCCGCCACGGACUCUCCGGCCCCUUCUGGCCCAAGUGAGAUUUCGGGAACAAGCGCCGAACGGAUGGAGGGAGCGAAGAGGCUGCUGGAUCCCGUCCUCGAAGUGCAGCUGGCCCGCCUGCAAGAACUGGGCUUCAGCCUGGACGACUGUCGGAAGGCGCUGCUGGAUUGCCAAGGUCAGCUGAAGAAAGCCGCCAGCUGGCUCUUCAAGAACGCCGAGCCUUUGAAGCGCUCUGGGUUCGAGUCCUGCGGCACGGACGGGCAGAGCUCCAGGGCCCUUCGGCUGGUCUCCGGGGUGGAAGUCAAAGCGGAGAGCAUCUGCAUUUGUUUCAUCGACGACUGCAUGGACUGCGACGUCCCUCUGGCGGAGCUGACCUUUUCCCGUUUGAACUUCCUCCAGCAUUUGAGAGCCAGCCCAGAAGGCUACGCUCACUUCACGCUCUCCGGCGACUAUUACAACCGGGAACUCUCCGGUUGGGAGCCCUUCAUCGAGCCUUGGCCCUGCUCCGUGUUUUGGCAACGGCAGCCGGCCAGCCGCCUCCACCCCUCGCGGCUGAAGCUGGAAGUCAAGGCUAAGCACCGCCUGGAUGUCAACAUCACAUCCAGGUUAAUCGAGCAAUACGCCAGCACAAAGCAGUCCUGGAUGGCCGAUUACUGCAGCCAGGAGAAAGAAGUCACCGACGUGGAGUCCGAAGACUGGGUGGGCUCUUCCGUGGACCCCCCUUCCUUCAGGCAAGGCCUUCCUCUUGCCUACCUUAGAACUAGGAGCACAGCCAGCCUGACUAACCUAGAGCACCAGAUGUAUGCUAGAG